AUGUCGCUCGAGCGAGCGCAGGAGGAGGACAUCAAGCAGCUCGAGAUGCGGCUCUUGACCACCGAGCAGGACGCGUGGGCGUGGUACCGCGUCAUCUGCCAGUUCCGCUUCUCGUACCUCUCGUUUCUUGUGCUCAUGGUCAUCGUCAUGUUCUCCUUCUCGGUGCUCAUGGAGGUCUUCUUCUCGGUCUUCUUGCCGUCGGCGCAGGCCGCGCCCGGCUUCAUCUUGCGCUCGCUCUUCAUGCUCGGCGCACUCCCGAUCCUCAUCAUCCUCCUCUCGUACGUCUUUGAGGAGUCGACGCGUCUCUUCCGCGACGCGCUCGACAGCAGCGAGGGCAGCUUGCCCAACUUUCGCCUCUCGCUGGCCGUCGUCAUCCACUACAUUCGCCACUACAGAGAGAUGCCCCUCGACGACGUGCCGCGCCACAUCACAUACGACCCGUACUCGGAGGACAAGCCGCUCGUCGACGACACGAUCAAGGAGAAGGAGCAGAAGGAGCUCGUGCACCGCCACAUGCGCCCGCUCCGCCGCUGGCAGCUCGCGAUCCGCAGCGUGAUUCGCGCCAACCGCGCGGCCGUUGUCUUUGGCACGACGCAGUACAACGGCCCGCCGAUCGACUACUCGACCUUUGUCCUCGUGGAUUUCAUUUGCCCGAUCUUGUUUGAGCUCGUGACCGCCGUCGCCGCACUCCUCGUGCUCUUCGACACGUUUAGCAUCAGCGACGCGUUUUACCGCUACCUGCGCGUCGGCUUUUACACGAUGGGCUUUUACCUCGCGCUCUGGAUGGUGUGCCAUUACUGGAGCAGCCGCAAUGCUCGCAUGCGUGAGCUCGUCGCCAACUACCACCGCACACGCCGCGAGCUCGAGAAGAAGAUCCAGGCCAUCGUGCACGAAGAAACCUUCAAGAGCUUUUGGCUGCUCGACCUCGGCUUCCGCUUCGUGCUGAGCUUCCGCAACCUCGUCGACCGUGCGACGGCGUGCAUUGCGCCGGCCUGGUCGUGCUGCAAGUCCAAGCGUGACGACUAUGUUGAAAUCGACGCGGCCGCCGUCACGCCGGUCGCGGGCGACGAGGCCAAUACGCUCAGCGGCAAGGCACUGGCGCUUCGCGAACGCGUCAUGCACCCGUGGCGCAAGCUGACGCUCGACCAGCGCCUCCUCGUGCUCAUCCCGUGCUUGAUUCUGUCGGCGUACCUCUCGCUCGCCGUCUUCUUCCUCGGGUGGCCCAUCAUGGGCUUCUUCCUCGUCGUUGGUACCUCGACCAUCCAGCGCCGCUGGCCGCAGAUUUUCGGAAACGCGUUCCGCCACUUUGUCAUUUCGUUCGUGCUCGUCUCGUUCGUCUUCUUCUCGAUGGCGUUCGUCGUCGGCACCUUCGUGACGGGCGGCGACUUCCACGUCGAGCCGCCGCACGCCAACGUGGUGCAGUACACGCCGCUGAAGCACUGGGGCGACAUCCCGCGGUACCCGAUCUGCGACCUCCAGAAGAGCGGGCUCAACAUCAUCGACUUCAUCUUGAUCGCGGAUGCUGCGUACGGCUCCAACACGUCGCUGCAGAUCGACAUGCUGCACAAGCGCUUCGACAACACGGCGCUCAAGAACUGGAACUUUACCGACUUUUCCGACAAGAAUUCGGACCACCAGUGCUGGUUCCAGGUCGACUUUCUCGAUGUGAACGCGACGGUGGUCGCAAUUCGCGGCACGGCGUCGGCCGCCGAUGCGCUCGAGGACAUGCACUACUGGUUCGGCAUCACGAUCAUGCAGUUUGCCAACGUCUUCAUCCCGUUCUUGAACCAGCUGCCGCUCGACUUCGUCGUCCAGCUCCUGUCGAUGAACAUGCUCGAGCGGUUCACGCCCGAGCCGGUCUACAUGCCCGUGCUGCGCAAGGUCCAGGCGCUCAAGGCAUCGGGCAAGAACGUCAUCCUCACGGGCCACUCGCUCGGCGGUGCGAUGGCCGCCAUGGUUGGCGCAGCCACCAAGUCGCCGGCGAUUUCCUUCUCGGGCCCGGGUCUCGUCUUUAGCCGCGGUCGCUUCCACAUCAACGAAGAGGACGUCCGCGACUACGUCGUGACCAUCAAGCCCCAGAACGACAUCGUGCCCCGCGUCGACGUCCUUGGCGGCCUCGUCCAGGACAUUGAGUGCCGCAAGAACAACCCGCUCUUCUGCCACGGCUCGUCGACCCAUGCGUGCGAGCUCUACAUGACGUGUGGUGACAAGCGCGGGCGCGACUGGUCCCAGGCCAAGCAGUGCAUCCCGUACGUGCAGAACCCGUCCGGCCGUACCGACUUGUAG